CGCCAAUCAACUCGUGCAUUAUUGUGUACGUCUGGGCCACCGUAGCAGACCGCGCCCCCUUUCCCUCCUGCUACAGUCAGGCGCUUUAAUCAAGCGGUGCGCUUUUAAGUCCGUGCGCACAUGUGCACGGAUAUGGACAUUGAUGGGUGCUUACGCACACACACAUACAUACAUACACACACACACACUCACACACUUAUACACGUCUCCACACUUUUCUACCAAGCGCUAGAACGAAAGGUGCACAUGUGAAUUAGAAAGUAGAGAAGUUUUUUCUUUUCCCCUGAGAGAAAGCAAAAAAAGAAGCGUCGCGGUUUGGAGCAGAUUUACGCAGCUGGAGACAUCGGGCAUGUUCUUAGAAACCCUGCACCCUGUUUAGGGCUUAAGGAUGGUUGAUAAAGGGCCCUUACUGACCUCGGCUAUCAUCUUCUACCUGUCCAUCGGGGCUGCAAUCUUCCAAGUGCUCGAGGAGCCAAACUGGAAACUGGCAGUGAAUCAGUACAAUGAGCAGAAGGAGAGGAUCUUGAGAGAUUUCCCGUGUCUCACUAAAGCAGAUCUAAACAAGAUCCUGGAGAUGGUGUCUGAGGCUGCGGGACAAGGAGUCACCAUCACAGGAGAGAAAACCUUUAACAACUGGAACUGGCCAAAUGCUGUCAUAUUUGCUGCUACGGUCAUUACAACCAUCGGUUAUGGUAAUAUUGCCCCCAAAACCUCAUCAGGGAGAGUGUUUUGCAUUUUCUAUGGACUUUUUGGUGUGCCACUUUGUCUGACUUGGAUAAGCGAACUUGGCAAGUUUUUUGGUGGAAGAGCAAAACACCUCGGACAAUACCUUACCAAGCGAGGCUUUUCACUGAGGAAGGCACAGUUCACCUGCACAUUCGUCUUCCUGAUAUGGGGGGUACUGAUCCAUUUGGUUAUUCCCCCAUUCAUUUUCAUGUCCCAGGAAGGAUGGUCCUACAUCGAGGGCUUGUACUUUUCCUUUGUAACUUUGACAACAAUCGGAUUUGGUGAUCUUGUAGCAGGUGUCGAUCCCAAUGCUAACUACCCCACUCUAUAUCGCUACUUUGUUGAGGUGUGGAUAUACCUGGGUUUGGCCUGGCUCUCGCUCUUCUUUAACUGGAAGGUGAGAAUGGUCAUCGAGGCUCACAAAGCUCUGAAAAAGCGACGAAAACGGCACAAACUCUCACUGGAUGAGUUCCACAACUGCAAAGAGACUCACAAGGCCUUGCAGUUACCACCUGCCAGUAAUGAAGUCAACAUAUUCAGCUUCCUGUCCAAGAGAAAGGUGGGCUACAAUGACCUCAUCAAACAGAUCGGUACCAAAAAUGAAGAUGAUCAGAUUAGCGCUAAAAAAAGGAAGAGCGAAUAUAUCCGCUCCAAAAGCUGCGACGAUGCCGUCUCCGUUAAUGGAAAUGCAAUUCUCAAACUAGACCAAUCGCCUCGCCAGAAACGCCGCUACAGCUUCAGUGACCGUGUCACUGUGGUCUUCUCCAAGUCCAAAAACUACCUGCUUGGCACAGAGGAGGGUCCACUCCUGAAUGAGAUGCAGGUCGAGGGUGAGCUGGAUGUAGACAUGGAGAAAAUGUAUGAGAAUCAGUUGGAUAAAGAGGCAGGAGAGGAGCACAGGAACCUCUUGCCUGGGUGCUGUGGUCCUGGCCGUCACCUGUGGGACACCAAUGAGUAUCAGCCAGUUAUUUUUCAAAAUGCCAACAUCACCUUUAUCGAUGAAGAGAACCUGCUGAACAACAGCCUGGAGGAUGAGGACGAGGAUGAAGACAUCAAAGUCAAGCUCUCGACCUCGGAUGAAAACGGCGAGUCUGAGAGUGAUUCUAAGGAAGACGAAUGCUUCGAAUCGGAGGAAUCCGUAUUCACAGACGGAACAGAUCACUCUAAUUCCUAUGAGCAGCUGGUAGAGGAGUAUUCUAAAGAAAAUAACACUGAUACCUGAUACACUUAUUCAUCAGUGUUCGUUUGUUUUUGAUUUUUUUUCUUCUUGUUGUUGAAGACUUGGACAUUUGUGUCAAAGAAACAACUUGAUCAAAGAAACCAAUUUUGUAAUCCAUUUCACAAUAUUUGUGCUGCAUAUGGUUUGAUGGAGUCUGUGAAAUGCAUCACAUUCAGUAUUACACUGAGUAGACGCUACAGAUCGCACAAAAGUACAAGCGAUUAUCUUUCUCUACACCACCCCAAUUAUUGGGGAAUGACCUAAAUGAUCAACAUUUCUUUUAGGCUGAGCUCUGUCUGACAGAUUUUAGGAAGUUUGAAACUAAGACUGCUCGAUAGUUCAUCACUUCCGUAGUGGUUUUAUUUGUAGUUUUUGCCUAAAAGAUUUCUAAUUUAUUAAAUUAUGCGGGGGAGGGGGGAGGGGUGUUGGCUUAAGUGUGAUGACAAGCAGAAUCAGUUGCAAACUGGUUCACAGGAUAAAGACCGUAAGGUGAUUCCUUUAUGGAUCUCACUUUUAUUCACCAUAUUGGUGGUUUUAUGUCAACAUAAUGAAGGACAAGCACAUUCCACCUGCAUUAUGUUUUGAACCAGUUUUAUAGGUUAUGGCUUUUUCCAUCACCUAAUUUCGACUAAUUACCGGUUUCUAUUAUCGUUAAGCCUGAGAGCCAAGCCCGCACGUGCUUCUUCUGAGGCGUGGUGAUCUUUUGUGUCUUUUAUGGUCCCUGACAUUUAUAACUUACUAUUUAAUUCAGAAAUCACUGUGUGUAUGCAGACAGUCAGUUGCAACUCCCUGCCAGUGGAUAGCAUGUUGCACUAUACUGAUUCAGUCUGAGCCAUUAAAGACAGCUCUGUGCCGUAGGUCGUGUUUUUGCUGGGUUACGGUUCAAAUUCAAGCUUGAAUCUCUGCCAUGCACUGUAUUAAAUUCUACUUCUUCUCCUUCUCCUCUUGAGCUAGCUAGAUUGGAUUGUUGCUAAUUUCACAAUUGUGCCGGAAAUUUUUGUUGUCAGACCAGUUUGGAAACUCAGAGCCACCCGGCCUUAUUUAGCAUAAACACAGUUAAAUACUACAUUCUGACAUAUGUGCUCAUGUUAUUUUAAGUUUUGUGCAUGACAAAUACAUUCUAUUUAUUUGUUGCUGUACUUUACGGUUUCCGUCAGCCAAUCUUUUAUUUGGCGAUCCUGAGAAAUCGUCUCAAUUAUCCCAGAUAACUCAAUCCGGUUAUACUUUCUCAGGAGUGUUUUGAAGAACUGAAUAGUCACUAAGAGUAAUCACAAUAUAUGAUGUUUUCUUCCUUAAAUUUGCAAAUAAUCGAACUGAAGCCAAGUCCUUUUUUUUUCCCAGCAAAGGUUAUGUGAAGUUCGUUUGCCUAUUUUGUCUUAAAUUAGUAUUUGUUAUUAUUGUGUAGUGCAAAUAUUUAUAUGUUUAGUCUAGACGUGUCUGAAACAAGGACAUAUAACGACUGUGUCUUUUGAGUAGGCACUCAAAGUGCAAAAGUAAUGCAAAACUAUUUGGUUAAUAUUCAGUUUAAGCUUAUAAAUGUUUUUUUAUAAUUCUCCAUAAUAGCGUCUGCUUCUCUUGCGCAGCUGCACUUGUAUUGAGAUGAAUCCAAUGAUUUUUGUGUUCGUUCACUGCCUCACUGCAUUAAUCUGUUAGCUCUUGCUGCCUUUAUAUUAAUGGAUGUCAGUAUGCCAAAAGUCUGCAAUAGUCAGUAUUCUAUGUUUUUUUUUUGUUUUUUUAGCACAGCAAUCCUCAGGUAAACUGCAGUGAACUUGUAUGAUCACAUGUCCACUUCGGAUUGCUCGGUUUAAAUAUCAGUGAUUUUAGCCUUUUUUUAAGAUCGUUUUUGUUUUUCCGAUGCCAUUCUCAGCUGUAUUAGCAAAGCGAAAUUGUUCCAGGAAGUUCCAUCAAACAUCCUGAACAAAAAUAGAAACUUUAAGUUCUCACCUAGAUAUUUGGUCAAGACUCACACAAGAGUGCGGUGUAUUUUGUAUGUAAACACCGGGGAACUGCUUGAAUGUAGCCACCACUUUAUUCAUAACCUUGCAGACUUUUAAUCUCUGUUUACUUUUCCUGGACUCCGUGACACAAGUGGCCAUAAACUUUACACAGGUGACCAAGGUUGAAAUGUGAUCCAUUUAAAGCAAGUCGUCCUGAUACCAGACAGGAAUGUUGGACAUUAGGUUUUGGCCAUAAUGACAUUUCCAACCUAUUGUGUUCUUUUCAGAUUAAGUGCUACUGUAAAUCGGUAUUCAAUUAAUUACUUAAUUAAUGUCUGUUAUUGUAACAAAUGCAAUUUGUGUUAUCAAGCGUCUAUCUGUGCCUUAUCAGCUUCUUUGUUUGAAGCUUUGUGUUAAACCACAUCAGCAAGAGGAUAAAUUAACAAAAUAGUUGCCUAGAACAUUUCUGAUUGUAAUUCUCUAGGAUCAGGUACUGUAGAAGGUUGCCUUGUUUCACAACAAAAAUUGAGGUACUUCUGAAGGAUUUACAGACAUUAAAAAUCAAGUGAAUUUGAUCGUGUUUAUCAUUUCCCUGACCUGUAUUAUGCACACUCCAGCAUGUUUGUAAAAAGACUUGUUUUACUGUGAAAUUUUUGCUUAGAUUUUUUGCUUUUUUUUUUAAAUAAAAAUUUGAGACUAUCA